UUUGUCAGUUUUCAAUCAGCCAAAUGAGAACUCUAUAUCUGUAUUACUUUACUGGCAGUCCUUGUUAACCUAGUUUCAAGAAUAGGAACCUUGUUAACCUUGUCUAUCCUCUGAUCUAGGUUGUUACAAGAUGAACUUUGUUUGACGAUGCUUGUUGAUAGGUUUCAUCUUUACUAUUGUUAAUUGAUCUUGCAGCUGAGCGGUGGUAUACAUAUGGAGGAGCUUGCCCAAAUUUGACACGUCUAGCAAUCCGUAUUCUUAGUCAAACCUGCUGUGCUAGAGGAUGUGACCGGACAUUCAUUCCUUUCGAACAAAUUCAUGACGAACGACUGAAUAGUUUCGAGCGUCAACCAAUGCAUCAUCUCACUUUUGUUCAAUACAACCUUCGGCUACAGCAACGUCAACAACGCAAGGCGAAAGCAUUUGAUGCUGCCUCAGUGGACUACAUAGACAUAGUUGAUGACUGGGUAGUGGAUAGACCUGCACUGUUCCCCAGCCCAGCCGAGCAGCCAAACUGGAUGGAGAUUAAUCAACCAGUCAUCAGAAUCACGUCCAGGGAACCAAAUGAAGAAGAAUUCGAAUCCUUCAUUGAAGGAGUUGAUGACGAAAUGAUCCAAGGUGUAGCGCAGGGCAUCCAGGAAGAUGACGAUGACCCUGCUUGUGGCUGAGGCUAGCUAUAGAUGAACUAGUCGGCUAACCUGUAAGCUGAUGUUGUAUGGACAAAAUCUGGCGUUACCUGUCAUAAUUUUCCAA